CCGGUGUGCGGCCGGAUGACGUGGCCGGGGCAGCGGAAGCAGCGUCUCGUCGCCAGCGCCUGGGUCGGGGUCGGGUCCGGGUCCGGGCCGGGCAGAGCGAGGGCGGCUCGGGGGGAGCCUGGUGCUUGCGGUGGUGACGCGGAGGAGGCCGGCGGGGAGGAUGGAGCUGCCCAGGCUGCUGCUGUGCGCGGCGUCCGCGGCGCUGCUGCUGUUGCGGGCCCGGGCCGACGAGCACGAGCACACGUACCAAGAUAAAGAAGAAGUCGUUCUUUGGAUGAAUACAGUAGGACCGUACCACAAUCGCCAAGAGACAUACAAAUAUUUCUCUCUUCCCUUCUGCGUGGGAUCAAAAAAAAGCAUCAGUCAUUAUCAUGAAACACUAGGAGAAGCACUUCAAGGAGUUGAAUUGGAAUUUAGUGGUCUGGACAUUAAAUUUAAAGAUGAUGUAAUGCAGACCACAUACUGUGAAAUUGACUUGGACAAAGCAAAGAGAGAUGCAUUUGUAUAUGCUAUCAAAAAUCACUAUUGGUAUCAGAUGUAUAUUGAUGAUUUGCCAAUAUGGGGUAUUGUUGGUGAAGCAGAUGAAAAUGGGGAAGACUAUUAUCUUUGGACCUACAAAAAACUUGAAAUUGGUUUUAAUGGAAAUAGAAUUGUGGAUGUGAAUCUGACAAGUGAAGGAAAGGUCAAAUUGGUUCCAAAUACCAAAAUCCAAAUGUCAUAUUCAGUGAAAUGGAAAAAAUCAGAUGUGAAGUUUGAAGAUCGAUUUGACAAGUACCUUGAUCCAUCUUUCUUUCAACACAGAAUUCACUGGUUUUCAAUUUUCAAUUCCUUCAUGAUGGUCAUCUUUCUGGUGGGUUUAGUGUCUAUGAUAUUAAUGAGAACAUUGCGAAAAGAUUAUGCACGAUAUAGCAAAGAAGAAGAAAUGGAUGAUAUGGACAGAGAUCUGGGUGAUGAAUAUGGGUGGAAACAGGUCCAUGGCGAUGUUUUUAGACCAUCCAGUCAUCCUUUAAUAUUUUCAUCGCUUAUUGGCUCUGGUUGCCAAAUCUUUGCAGUUUCUUUCAUAGUUAUCAUUGUUGCAAUGAUAGAGGAUUUAUACACAGAGCGAGGAUCAAUGCUUAGUACAGCUAUAUUUGUUUAUGCUGCAACAUCCCCAGUGAAUGGAUAUUUUGGAGGAAGCCUUUAUGCUAGACAAGGAGGAAGGCGAUGGAUAAAGCAAAUGUUCAUUGGGGCUUUCCUUAUUCCAGCGAUGGUGUGUGGCACUGCCUUCUUCAUUAACUUCAUUGCCAUAUAUUACCAUGCUUCACGGGCUAUUCCCUUUGGAACAAUGGUGGCAGUAUGCUGUAUCUGUUUCUUUGUUAUUCUUCCAUUGAACCUUGUUGGUACAAUUCUUGGCCGAAAUCUCUCGGGCCAGCCCAACUUUCCUUGUCGUGUCAAUGCUGUGCCUCGUCCGAUACCGGAGAAAAAAUGGUUCAUGGAACCAGCUGUUAUUGUUUGCCUAGGUGGAAUCCUCCCUUUUGGAUCAAUUUUCAUUGAAAUGUAUUUUAUUUUCACUUCAUUCUGGGCUUACAAGAUCUACUAUGUUUAUGGCUUCAUGAUGUUGGUGCUGGUUAUCCUCUGCAUUGUGACAGUCUGUGUGACCAUUGUAUGUACGUACUUCCUGCUAAAUGCAGAGGAUUAUAGGUGGCAAUGGACGAGCUUUCUUUCUGCUGCAUCAACUGCAAUCUAUGUUUACAUGUAUUCCUUUUACUACUACUUUUUCAAAACAAAAAUGUAUGGCUUGUUUCAAACAUCAUUUUACUUUGGUUACAUGGCGGUAUUUAGCACAGCCUUGGGGAUAAUGUGUGGAGCUAUUGGUUACAUGGGAACAAGUGCCUUUGUUCGUAAAAUCUACACUAAUGUGAAAAUUGACUAAGGAAAUAAGAAAACUGAACUAUGGAUCAGUUACUGUUUUCAAUGGGGGAUGAACUUGCACAACAAAAAGCGCAAGAAGAGAGUUGGGUUUUAACACUGGGCCUCGUGUGGGUCUCCAUUUUGUGGAUGGCUUAAAGUAACAUCUAUUUUCAUUGAUCCUAGAUUCUUACUGACUGCUUUCUCCAACUGUUCACAGCAAAUGCUUGGAUUAUAUGCAGUAGGCAUUACUACAGUACAUGGCUAAUCUUCCCCAAAAAAACCUAGCUCAUUAAAGAUGAAUAGGCUAGCUCUCUUCAGUGAAGAGGACAAACAGUUUAUUUCAAGAAUUUGUUCCAUUCAGUAAAAAGAGGGAAACUUGGCUGCUAAAACUGCUUGAUUAGUAGUCUUCCUGGUACUUAACAUUUCUAAAUUAUCUAAAAAUGCUGUUCCAGAAAGAUUACUUUUCUGGUUUUCACUGCCAUUGUCAGGAUAGAAGUAUGUUUUGUAUUUUGACUCUGGGUGCUUCUUUUGGUUCAUUUGCAGUAUCAGCUAUCCCUAUACCCAUUUGUCUAAAAAAUAAUUUUAAAAAUAUAUUAAACUCACCUGCAUGUAAUAUAUCAGCAAUCACUCUAGUUGGACCAACUUCCCGUUUAUUUAUCUUUAAAGUAAUAUCCAGCUACAUCUUAAAACCAUCCAAAGAAGAUACAGUCUGAAGACAGUGCAAUUUACUGUACAGUUAGAAAGCAAAAUGUUAAAUGAAGAGGAUGCUGUUUGUUUUUAUUAAACGUUUUGAGGUCUAGAUUAAAACAAAACCAGCGUUUUAACUGAAUGUCUAAAGUGAUUCUCCUUUUUUUUUUUUUUCCAAAGUUAGUCUUUUUUUUGGUUUGGGUUUGAAUGAAGGCUUUCCUUAAGACAUUAUAAAGUGGUAAUAAGUGUAUAUAACAUUAAAUAAUGUAACUUAGGUGUAGAUCCCAAAUGUAUUUGGAUGUACAGAUUUACUACAGAGUACUUUUUUCUGAUGAUUCGGUGUACAAAUGUGUGAAUUUGGGUGGCUUUUUACAUCUUGCCUGCCAUUGCAUGAAACGUUGGGGUUUCCUCACAAUGUGUGUAUGUCCUACUUUCUGGUCUGUUUUCUUUCUGAAGCUCUUACAGGAGUUAAUAUUUGUAAUUUAGAACAUUUUAAUUUUUGUUUAAUCCUAUCUGGACACUUAUGUAACAUCUAAAGCACGGUUGCUUUAGAGUGUUCAGAAAACUAAAAUAAACUUUUCAGACAAAAAUGUUCUGAUUGUCAAAAUAGAUGAAUUUGCAGUUGAAAAUGUUUGUUUAAAAAGGCAAGGCUAUUGAAUGCCAUUUUCUGUAUACAGUAUUACUGUGCUUUUCAAAUAUUGAAAACCCACGCUUCAAAGUCUGAGAAAGUUUGCUUACAUCUGGAGGCUAUACAGUACAGUUCCAAAGAUGGCCAGCUGAGAAAGAUCCUUCUUGACUGAAAUGUUUAUGGGGAAAUCUGUUGAUCCAAUUAGUAUACUGGGGCGAAGAAAUGAGGAGCACUAAUAUAAACGGGAAAAUAAAGGUUAAGAUUUUCUAAGACAA